AUGAGUCUGCCCGUUCCGUGCGAGAGAGAGGAGGGGAGCGCCGAUUCCGACGAGCCGCUCAAGGUUGCGGCUCCGGAGAGUCUUCAGGAAGCUGCAGACCUGAAGUCAAGGAGCUACCCUGAGCCUGGAGAUUUGGCCUGUGAUUUCUGCACCGGGAGGAAGCUCAGAGCUGUGAAGUACUGUCUGACCUGCACUGCCUCCUACUGCGAGACGCACGUCAGACAGCACUACACGGUGGCAGCGCUGCAGAGACACACUCUGGUGGAGGCCGAUGGAGACCUGGAGCACAGACUGUGCCAGCAGCACCACAGAGCUCUGGAGGUGUUCUGUGAGACUGACCAGAUGCUCAUCUGCAGUCUCAGCCCUGGGACAGAGCCACAGUCCAUCUCCACAGUCUCACACAGCACUGUCCUCUCGAACCUGCAGCCCGGCACCGAGUACACUGUCAGUGUCUGCACUGUGCUGGAAAAUGGGAGACAGAGUGAGGCCGUCUCCAAAUCCAUCUAUACAAAGCCGUCUGCUCCAGGGAGGGUGAGGGUGCAGGAGGUGAGGAGCAGAUCAGUGAGGCUGCGCUGGGACACGGCCACUGAGAUGGAGGGAGUCUCUUACACAUUCAGCAUCAGCUACAGCUGUGAUGGAGAGGAACCCAAAGAAGUGACGACUGUAUCCAACAGCAACACAGCAGUCCUGUCUGAUCUGAGACCAGGGGUGGAGUACAGCUUCAGCGUCUCCACAGUGCUUCAUAACGGCAGCAGGAGCAGGCCCAGUUCAGCAAAAGAGUGCACAAAAACUUGCUUGGAGGAACUGGUGUGUGAGUUGGAACUGCAGCAUCACCUGAAGGAGAAACUAACCCUGAGUGAAGUGCUGGAGAUCAGUGAUGAGAGCCUAACAGACCCACCCAUCCAGUCUUUAGCAUCCCUGCCAUGGUGCUUCCUGAGGAGGCUGAUGAUGAUGAAUGUGACAGCCAGGAGUGUCAGAUGUGCUGGACCUCAGGAUGUGGACAGCUUGCUGUGUGGUGAUGAUGAUGAUGAUGAUGAUGAUGAUGACACUGUGGGUGAAAAUGAGGUGAACCCCCUGGACCUCGUAACUGCUCUGUUCCUGUGCUCAGACAGCUUCCUUCAGCAGGAGAUGGCUUUGAAAAUGUCCAUGUGCCAGUUCUCUGUUCCUCUGCUGCUGCCCAACUGUGACACCCAACAGCCCACUCUGAUGCUGUGGGCCAUGAGGGACAUUGUGAAGAAGUUCAGUCCACAUUCGUUAGCAGAACAAAAAGGGUUUGUAGAAGGAAGUAUCACACACACUAAACUCCCCAUAGUCUCUUUUGUCAAACUGGGCAAAACCAGCUUGUCCAAGUCACACAUUUUAAACCAAUUGCUGAAAUACAACAGCUUUAUUCACCACAACAUGGAAUGUGGACAUGUUCCAAGGAGGAUUUCUGAUGGGCUGGUGGAAGUCAGCUGGUAUCUGCCCUCUGGGAACAUUAACAGUGACAUCUUUCCUGAGCCAGUGGCAGUAGCUAAUCUCCGUGGAGACAUCAGUGCUUUUGAGACCCAGUUCUCUUUUCUCUGUCAAACAUCAGCUGCUGUGUUUGUGUUCUGUGAUGACUUGGCGUCUAACAGCAGGUUUCUGAAGGCCCAGAAUGUCAGUGACAGGUUGUAUUUAGUUUGCAAUUCUGCGGGCACAAAUUUCAAAAUGGACAAUGUCAAAAGGUAUGCUAGUGAACUGCUGAUCCAACCUGGUCACAUCCUAAAGAAAGACAGGAAGGUGAACGAUGCAGAAUUUGUCAGAAGAAUACGUGUCACGGUGAAUAAUGUUAUGAAAGGGAACUGUAAAAAAACCAGCAUUGAGCAGAUGUCUAGCACUGCACAUGGAAUAGGAAUACCUGUGGAUGAGGACAGUGUCCACUGUAAGGAGGCCAAGCAGAAGGCUGAUGAGAUCACAGCUGGAAUUACUGACAUUCUGCAGUACAAAGAGAGCCAGCUGCCGCUGCAGGGGGAGACCUGCAAACAGCUGGCCAAACUGGAGAAGGAGGAGUGCAGGCUGAAAGAGGCAGGGGAUACGGAUAUCGAGCUGUACAAGAGUGAACUCUGUAAGAAGAAGGAUGAACUCAGGGAGGAGCAGAGGGCUCAUGGCAUGUCAGACGCCAUGUCCCGUUUCACCUCUGCAUUAUCGAGUCCCAGAGAGGAGCGCUCCUAUUUCCUCAAGUGGCUGAAGUUCAACCUGGACACCCUGUCCCUGACGCACCUGUCAGGCCUCCGGCAGAGGUACAUGGAGCUCUGUCUGAAUUCCUCAGAAAAUAGAGGACUCAUCACUGACUUGGACAGACAGAUCUCCAGCAGCUCCUUGGGGGUAGAGCACUUCCUGAGGGAAAUGGGGCAGCUCUAUGAGGCGACCAGCUCACUGCCUGAAAACCAUCCCUCCAGGCAGCAGAUGCAGAACCUGCCCAGACUCUGUGCUCAGCUGCUGCUGGAUGGGUUUCCAGUGGAGCUGGUAGAUGGUGAUGCUUCUAACAUCCCUCUGCAGUGGAUGAAGGCAGUCUUGACUGAGCUCCACAGUCUGACUCAGUCUAACAGUAAGAUCCGUGUGGUCACUGUGCUGGGGGUCCAGAGCAGUGGGAAGUCCACUCUGCUCAACACCAUGUUCGGGGUGCAGUUUGCUGUCAGCAGUGGCAGGUGCACAAGAGGUGCCUUCAUGCUGCUCAUUAGACUGAAGAAGAAUUUUAGAGAGCAGCUUGGCUGUGACUUUCUCAUGGUCAUUGACACAGAAGGGUUAAAGUCACCAGAACUGGCCCAGCUGGCUGACAGUUAUGAGCACGAUAAUGAACUGGCCACUCUGGUGGUGGGACUGAGUGACAUCACAAUCAUCAACAUCGCCAUGGAGAACUUCACAGAGAUGAAGGACAUUUUGCAGAUUGUGGUGCAUGCCUUCCUGCGCAUGAAGGAGGUGGGGAAGAAACUCUGCUGUCAUUUUGUGCAUCAGAACGUGGCAGAUGUUUCUGCCCAUGAAAAGAACCUGAGGGACAGACAGCUUCUCCUGAAGCAGCUGGAUGAGAUGACCCAAGCAGCUGCCAGGAUGGAGAAGGGAGAAACCAUGAAAUUUACAGAUGUGAUGGAUUAUGACCCAGAGAGGAACACCUGGUACAUCCCUGGCCUUUGGCAUGGUAACCCUCCAAUGGCACCGGUCAGUUCAGGUUACAGUGAGGCUGUGAAGGAGUUCAAGAGCAGCAUGACUGAGGCAUUAAAAGAGCUCAAAGGCACAAGACCUGCACACACAAUUCCUGAGUUCCUAGAAUGGACCAGGAGCUUGUGGAAGGCAGUGAAGUACGAGAACUUCAUCUUCAGCUUCCAGAACAGUCUAGUGGCUGAUGCUUACACCAAGCUCUGUACAGAAUUUAACAAGUGGGAGUGGGAUUUCAGAAAACAGAUGCACUACUGGGUGACAAAGGCUGAAACUAGAGUGUCAAACUUUGGUGCAGUAACCCUAACUGCUCAGCACAAUUCCAGCCUGGAUGGCCUGUUGACCGAUCUGAAAAAGGAGGCUACUGUUGAACUGGACAAAGAGGAGAAACAGAUUUUAGGCAAGAUAACUGAAUAUUUCAAGAGACAGGAGGGCCAUAUAUACCUAGUGGAGAGGUACAGGGAGGAGUUCAUGAACAGUGCCAAGAGCCUGAAGAGAGAGAUGCAGCCUGUAGUGGUGAUGAAGCUUGAGUUAGCUGUGGACCUUAAAAAGGCAAUGGCCAUUGUGGAAGACAUCAAGAAACAACACAAAACCAUCAUGGAGGAGAACGUGCUGAAGUUACUAGGUGUGUGCAGGGAGGCUAAGACUCAGAUGUCAGACCAGCAGCUGGAGCAGGAGUUUGAGCAGAUGUGGAAGGAGAUGAUGGAGGCGCUGUCUUUCAGAGGCCUUCACAGACAAAAUGUUGGUCAAGAAAUUUACAGCCUGUUAAGAUUCAACUUGAAGACAAAAAGAGGCUCUGUCCAUGAAAUGCUGUCUGAAGUCAGUCGUUUGGAUGAAUGUGGAGAAGAAACAUUUAUUGUUAGUGAUGGACAUUUUGCAGUGAAAUUUCAAAGUGACUUUAAUAAAAAUGACCAUACCAGGAAAAUACAAGUAAUGGCUGACCGCUUGAUAACGCUAAGCAGGCAGUUCAUUGCAGACAGUGUUGGAACAAAAACAGACUUCCACAGAACAUACAUCAUGAGGCUUUUGGAAAUGAUAGAUGAGCACCUGGAGACCCACAGAAACCUGCAGCUCACUGCUGACUUUGAGGCCUCUCUGAAGAUCCACAUCUGUGGGCAUGCAGCCAGGGAAUUCCAGCGAAUGCAUGAUGCUUUCAUCAGGGACAAUGACCCACAGCAGUGCCUGGAGAAAUUCAAACAGCAGCACUCCUCAGACUUUAUGGACCAUUUUCAUGAAAGACAGCAGUGUGAAAGAACAGCUGAAGAGUUCACAAUAAAAUGUCUGGAACCUGCAGUGAGGGAAUAUGUCACUAGAGCUCUGGGACCAGAUAUAAUGGAUGAACUUCUGACAGGAAAUAAAGCCAUUAAAUUCAGCACUCGCUCCUUUUUCCAGUUCUCUAUUCUGAAUCAGCUGCUUACAGAGAACAAUUUUGACAAGCUUGUUCAAUACAUCUGGCACUAUGAGGACUUUGUUAAGGAGUGGAUAUUUAGUCAGAUAUUGGAUAACUUCUCCAGAGAAGAAUGCAGCAUUACGAACAUUGAAUCCAGACACCUGAGGGAGGCCAUCACGAAGAUUAAGGCAGCAGUUGAGAGUAAAGCAACAAGAAAGAGUGAAGAGGACAUGAAUAUCUGUCACUUCAUCCAGGAUAUCUGCAGUAAUCUGAGUGACAUCCUGAUCAUCCCCAAUGAUGCACUGGAUGCAGUUACAAUCCUAAACAGUGCUAAGACCGAGCAGUUUUCUGAUUGGCUGCUGUGUUUCAUAGAGAAUAUGGAACAGUCCCUGAGUGCAGAGUUUCACAGUAAUAAGGAUGUGAGAACCAGGCUGACCACACUGCCCUUCAAACCCCAGCAUGAGCUCUUCAGGAGGCUGUUUGGUUGUGGGAAGCAGUGUCCAUUUUGCAUGGCCCCUUGUGAGGCUGGCGGGGAGAGUCACACAGAGCACUUCACCUCAAUGCACCGUCCACAAGGGCUUGGAAGAUUCAAGCAGACACUCCCACAGGAAUUAGUCCUUGCUUUCUGCUCUUCUUGUGUAGCUAGUGAAAUGACAUUCUGCAGCAGUGAAACAAAGGGAGAGUAUCAUCCAUAUAAGGACUAUCGGAAAUUUUACCCUGACUGGCGCAUCCCGCCUGACACCAGCACCCAGGCCUCAGCCUACUGGAAAUACGUCUUUGCCAAGUUCAACACACGGUUUGCAAAGGAGUAUGAAGCAGAGCCUGCUGCCCUGCCAGCAGAGUGGAAAUCUAUAACCAAAGAGCAAGCCAUGGAGAGUCUGGAGGAGACAUUCAAGAGGAAAAGACAGGAGAAAAAAUGAAACAGUUAAUAUCUUUCCAUCAAUGACCAC